AGUAAAUAUUCUUUGAAAGUGUUUCGUUAUGGCAUAGAAAUCUUAUCAUUUUCCCGUUAGCUAGGUAUAAUUCCAUACAUUUAAAGUUCUUCUCAAUUUAAGGGUUUGCUAGGAAGGAAACGAUGAUGAAUCUCCCGAAGGCACCUGAUUCUCUGUGUUUUGAUAAAGACGAAUUUAUGAAGGAUGACUUCGACGUGGACCACUUCGUGUCGGAGUGCAGGAAACAAGUGCAGCUGGAGGAGCUGCGGGAGGAUUUGGAGCGCUACUACAAGCUUUUGAAAACCGCCAUGGUAGAGCUCAUCAACAAAGACUAUGCGGAUUUUGUCAAUCUUUCCACUAAUCUAGUUGGAAUGGACAAAGCACUCAAUCAGCUCUCUGUUCCUCUUGGCCAAUUACGAGAAGAAGUAUUGAGCCUGAGGUCAGCUGUGAAUGAAGUCAUUGAAGCCAUAGAUGACCGGUUGUCCAAGCAAGAUGAUAUUCAGAGGAAAAAGAUAUGUGUUCAGAGACUCAUACAAGUUGUGCGAUCAGUGGAGAAGAUUGAAAAAAUUCUUAAUUCACAAAACUCCAAGGAUGAAACUUCUCUAGAUAUUAGCAGCCCACUUCUGGCUGGUCAGAUUCUGGAGCGGAUUGCCACAGAGUUCAACCAGCUGCAGUUCCACGCCAUACAGAGCAAAGGCAUGCCGCUGCUGGACAAAGUGCGCCCUAGGAUUGCUGGGAUCACAGCCAUGCUUCAGCAGUCUCUGGAAGGCCUGCUGAUCAAGGGCCUGCAGACGUCUAAUGUGGACAUUGUACGCCACUGCUUACGAACAUAUGCCACAAUUGACAAGACCAGAGAUGCAGAGGCUCUUGUGGGCCAGGUUCUAGUGAAGCCCUAUAUGGAUGAGGUCAUAGUCGAAGAGUGUGCAAAGUCCAGUCCCAACAGCCUACAGGUCAUGUAUGGAAAAGUACUGGAGUUUGUGCCACAUCAUUGUCGCCUACUGCGGGAGGUGACCGGAGGGGCUAUCUCAAGUGACAAAGCAGACAUUGUUCCUGGCUAUGAUUUCACCGUGAAUUCUGUCUGGCCAGAGAUCAUAAGAAGUCUAGAGGAGAGAAUCCCUUCCCUCUUCAACCCUGGCAACCCUGAUGCUUUUUACGAGAAAUACACUGUCAGCAUGGACUUUGUGAGGAAGUUUGAGCGGCAGUGUGGCUCCCAGGCCAGUGUGAAGCGCCUGCGAGCGCACCCGUCCUACCUGAGCUUCCAGAAUAAGUGGAACCUGCCAGUCUACUUCCAGCUGCGAUACAAGGAGAUUGCAGGAAGCCUGGAGGGCACAAUGGCAGAGGGCUUACAAGAGGCACCAGCUGGGAGCUCCUACAGGCUGCUGGUGUCCCAUGUACUGUGGAGCUGCUUGCUCAGGUGUUGGGAGGAGAGGAUCUACCUGCCUCUGCUGGCACAUCGCUUCUGGAAACUCACCCUACAGCUGCUUGCACGGUAUUCCACUUUCCUGACUGAGGUGCUUACUAAGGCUCCUCACACUGAGGUCAGUAAGGACUCCGCAAAGCCCCUUCCCAGCUCCGCCUCCUCCACCUCCAGCAGAACUUCUCAGGAGGAUGGCGGGAGUGAGACCGGUGUCCCAACUGGUUUGUCUACAAAACAGCUGGUCUCUAUCGCUGCUGACGUGGACCUUCUGCAGGAGCAGAUUCCAGAGCUCUCUGACAUUAUUAAAAACAGACUGGAACUAGUUGGGUUCACAAACUUUGAAAUUAUUUCAGACUGCUUGGUGGACUCCAAAGCCUCUUUGUCCAGCUGUAUUCCUGCUCUUGACAGCAGGGUCACACAGCUCUUGAAUGAGAGAUGUUUCAGGUACCUGAAAAGUGCUUCUGAAGUCCCUCGGCUCUACCGUAGGACCAACAAGGAAGUGCCCACUAGAGCCUCGGCCUAUAUGGACAAUGCUCUGCGGCCACUGCAUCAGCUGCAGAGUGACUACAAGGACACCUUGAAGGCCUCCACUAUUGAGAACUGGCUUCGGGUCACACUGUGUGACUGCACUCAGAGGUAUUACGAGACCGUCUCUGACGUUUUAAGUUCUGUGAAAAAAAUGGAGGAGAGUCUGAAGAGGCUGAAGCAGGCCAGGAAAACGGCCACCUCUGGCACUUCGGGCACCAAUGGAGGCCCCACUGAUGACAGCAAGAUCAGGCUCCAGCUAGCACUGGAUGUAGAGUGUCUGGGAGAGCAGAUCCAGAAGAUGGGCCUACAGACUGGUGACAUCACCCUGUUCUCAUCCCUCCUGGAUUUGGUCCAAGGAGCAAGGGACGGGGGUUCGGUGGAGCAUCUUGCAUCAUAAUCUGACUUGGGCUCUGGUUCCCUGAUCCCUGUGGCCCUCUGGCUUGAGCAAUUUCUGUGAGAUUAUAACGUAAAAGUGAUACUGGUGUGGGCUCUGUAUUGGAGAGUGGGCAAACCUGGGAAUCCUUAUUUAUGAAUGGGCUUGAUCAGUAGGGCGGAUGAAAUGUACAUUGUAAGAAAUUAUAGAUGUUUAUGUUUUAAAUGUGAAAAGACAAAGAUAAUAAUUGCAGUGUCAGACAAACACUGUCAAAUAUUUGAAAGUCUCAUUGUUCUUCUAUAAAAGCUUAUAAUAAAAGCUUUAUGUACUAAUCAAGUUUGUAGUUUUUAUAUUAUAGACCUCAUAUGUGUCACUCUGAAGAGACAACUGGAUUCAUCAAGGCUUGUCUCUUGACUCUUUCACAUAAUAUUUUAGUAACGUCUAAUGCAUAUAGUUCAUUAUGGCAAUUUGCUUUGGUUGAAUUAUUUCAAUACAAAGUGACUGACAUUCGGCUGCAUGGAAAUUUGACAGAUGUGAAUGAUUGAUUUACCUUUUGUCAUUUAAUA